CAAUUUUGGUGCCCUGAAAACCCAUCUGUAAAGGCAAAGAAACAAUUCCAGUCAUCUCUUUCAACUUCUAUAAAUUUCCACUUCCAUUUCCUUCUUCUGCAUCUUCCUGUUCUUCACGAUCUGCAACUCGUUUUCUUAAUUUCUUCAAUCGAAACGGCAGUAAUGGACAGUGGCAGCACUCAGCUUCACAUGUUCUUGUUCCCAUUCAUGGCUCACGGCCACAUCAUCCCCAUGGUCGACAUGGCCAAGCUCUUCGCUUCCCGUGGCGUCAAGAUCACCAUCGUCACAACCCCUCUCAAUUCCAUCUCCAUUUCUARAUCAAUUCGCAACUUUCAAUCUCGGAUUCAGCUUCUGCUCCUCAAAUUCCCUUCUGCAGAAGCAGGCCUGCCAGAUGGUUGUGAAAAUGCCGACUCCAUUCUCACCCCUGAUUUGCUCCCCAAAUUCAUGUCUGCUUUGAAUUUGCUUCAACUCCGAUUCGAGGAGGCUGUGUCCGAGCACCGCCCCCACUGCCUUGUGGCCGACAUGUUCUUCCCUUGGGCAGACGACGUCGCUGCCAAAUUCGGGAUCCCAAGGCUCAUUUUCCACGGGACCGGUUUUUUCUCCCUCUCUGCUUCUGAACUCAUGCGAAUCCACGAGCCUUACAACCGUGUUUCAUCCGACACUGAGCCUUUUCUCAUCCCUCAUCUCCCCGGAGAGAUUAAUCUCACCAGAUUGCAGCUCCCGGAGUUCAUUCGAGCGAAUGUGACAAAUGAAAUAACCGAUUUUUUGGACAGGGUUAAGAAGUCAGAAUCCGAUUGUUAUGGGAUUGUUGUGAACAGUUUUUACGAGCUGGAGGCAGAGUAUGCUGAUUGCUACAGGAAUGUGUUGGGAAGAAAGGCGUGGCAUAUUGGCCCACUUUCUUUAUGCAAUAAGGAAACCCAAGAGAAAGCCCAGAGAGGGAGGGAAUCCGCCAUUGACGAGCACGAGUGCUUGAAAUGGCUCGAUUCUAAGAAACCCAAUUCGGUUGUGUAUGUUUGUUUUGGAAGCAUGGCCAAAUUCAACUCUGAUCAGCUGAAGGAGAUCGCAAUUGGGCUUGAAGCUUCUGCGCAGGAGUUCAUAUGGGUGGUGCGGAAGGGGAAAGAGGAAGAAGAAGAAGAGGGCCAAAAUUGGUUACCGGAAGGAUUCGAACAGAGGACUGAAGGGAAAGGGAUGAUCAUAAGAGGGUGGGCGCCGCAGGUUCUGAUUCUUGAUCAUCCGGCGGUGGGUGGAUUCGUGACGCACUGUGGGUGGAAUUCGACUCUUGAAGGAGUAACUGCCGGCGUUCCGAUGGUGACGUGGCCGGUCGCCGCGGAGCAGUUUUACAAUGAGAAACUGGUGAGUGAGGUGUUGAAAAUUGGAAUUCCGGUUGGAGUUCAGAAAUGGGUGAGGACUGUGGGAGAUUUCAUCAGAAGGGAAGCUGUGGAGAAGGGAAUAAGGAGAGUAAUGGAGGGAGAAGAAGCAGAGGAGAUGAGAAACAGAGCAAAAGAGUUGGCCAAAUUGGCAAGGAUGGCAGUUGCGGAGAAUGGAUCUUCAUACUCGGAUUUGGAUGCUUUGAUCAACAAAUUGAAAACUUCAGCAGUUUAAAAUCCAAGCAUUCAGUUUGCUCUUUUUGCUUCAUUAGGUUUGAUUCUUGCUGUUUUCGUGGGAUAGGAAUUCUAAAUCACACCCCCUUAGUUUGGAUACAUAUGCUAUAGUCUGUUGAGUUAAACUUUAAUUAACUGAUUAUUGCUAUUUUUCUAAGGAAAAGUAGAUGAUAAAUAGAUUACUUAGCGCCUCUCUCUUAAAUUUUGAUGAAAAAAGAAAUAAGUCGAAGUAUUUUUUUUGUUUAAAAAAUAAAAUAAAAAAGGAAGAAGAACUGUCAAAUUUUAUGUUGUUUUGAAUAAAAAGAUGAUAUUGAUCUGGUUUGAAAUUUGUAAUGGUUGUCCUGCGAUUGGUGAGUGAUGUAACAAAUUUGAAUACAAAACAUUUUUUAUACAUUAGUACAACUAAGUGAGAUAGGGAUU